AUGGCAUCUUCAAAUACAAAUGAAAAUAUUUUUGAAAAUGAUAACAUAUCAGCAUCGAGCGAAAAUAAAUUUAACAUGUCUUCGAAUGCAAAUGAAGAAGCAAAUGAAAAACCUGAUAACGAAGAACUUAAAGAAUGCAUAAGCCAAAAGGAUAUUUAUUUAUAA